AGCAUCCUGAAUACAGAGGAAUAUGGAUAUCCAUCCAACCGUGAUAGUGGAAGAAAACAUUUUUGAGAGAGGAAAGGUUCCAAGAUAAUGAGGUGGACCUAUGGGAGGAAUGAGUGAGUAGCCUAGCAGUGUGCUAAAGGCGUGAGGAGCCCAGGUUCACAGCAAGGGUAUGGCCAAACCUUUCUUCAGACCACAGAAGUUUCUUCGGAGGACCCAGUUUCUGCUUUUCUUCCUCACUGCAGCUUAUCUGAUGGCUGGUAGCCUCCUGCUACUGCAGCGAUCCCGCUUUGUCCUCCAGCAAGGUUUCCGUGGGGCCUCUGGGAACCAGGCCCUGCCAGUUGUGGACGCUUUGGUGGGUGCUGGGAGCGCAGAUACGAGACCUGUGCAAAACACUCAUUUGACUCCUAAACUUCUAGUGAACAUGGAUACAUUCCAUGGACCAACACCGGACCAGAAGUAUGGGCCGCGGUGGCUGAUGUCCAGAAACUCUGAACUGAGGCAGUUACGAAGGAGAUGGUUUCUCCGGUUUGUAAAUGAGCAAGAGCCAAUGCAAGCUGUGGGAACGAAGAGGCUGAAACAUGCAUCCGAAAGCAAAGGCACUUACAUUGGAUGCUUCGGUGAUGAUUCCAGGGAGAGGACUCUGAAAGGUGCUGUGUUUUAUGACUUGAGAAAAAUGACUAUUUCUCACUGCCAGGAAGCAUGCUCUGAGAGGGCUUACACCUAUGCUGGCUUGGAGUAUGGAGCAGAAUGCUAUUGUGGAAACAAGUUGCCCACGACUUUGGCAAAGCAGGAGGAGUGCAACAAUGAAUGCAAAGGAGAGAAAGGAACAAUCUGUGGAGGCAUCAACAGGCUAUCUGUUUAUCGUGUGGAGGAGCAGCCAUGGGCUGGACCAAAACGACGGCAGAAUAUUAUCUAUCGAGGGUGUUUCAGAGCACCAGAGAAUUUAACAAACACCUUGCCGGUCUCUUUGAUACACGCCAAUUUGACAGUGGAGAUGUGCUCCGAAUUUUGCUCCAAGAAAGAAUUCCCUUUGGCAGCCAUCAGAGGACCCCAUUGCCGUUGUGGCUUCCCAACAAUUCAUUUCCCAUUACACAACAGCUUGGACAGCUCAUUCUGUAGCAGGUUGCAAAACUGCAGCAGCACGGCUGAAGACCCAAAGAGGGGGGACUAUCUCUUUGUCUAUCAAACUCCUGUCCAAGACACCCGCUGCACAGACCGGAUGUUUCUCCCCACCAAAUCCAAAGCAUUUGUGGCAUUGUCGAGCUUCCCUGGAGCUGGCAACACCUGGGCUCGUCAUUUGAUAGAACACGCUACAGGAUUCUACACAGGGAGCUACUAUUUUGAUGGAACCCUAUAUAAUAAAGGUUUUAAAGGGGAAAAGGAUCACUGGAGAAGCAGGAGAACUAUUUGUGUCAAAACUCACGAGAGUGGCCAAAAAGAAAUUGAAAUGUUUGACUCGGCCAUCUUAUUGAUACGGAAUCCAUACAAGUCGCUGGUGGCAGAAUUCAACCGGAAGUGUGCAGGCCAUCUCGGGUAUGCCACAGAUCGCAACUGGAAAAGCAAAGAGUGGCCAGAUUUUGUAAACAGCUAUGCUUCCUGGUGGGCUUCCCACGUGUUGGACUGGCUCAAAUAUGGCAAACGUCUCCUCGUCAUCCACUACGAAGACUUGAAGCAGGCCCUGCUCCCUAAUCUGAAAGAAAUGGUCAGAUUCCUGAACAUCACAGUGACGGAGGACCGGUUGCUCUGUGUUGAGAACAACCGAGAUGGGAACUUCAAGCGGUCAGGAGCCAAGCAGAAGGGAUUUGACCCAUUCACAGAGGAGAUGAAAAACAUGAUCAAUAAAUACAUUAUGAUGGUGGACAAAGCCCUGAGAGAGAGAAACUUUAUCGGGCUUCCAAAAGAGUAUUUGCCCAGAUGAUGUCAUAUGACCAGCUAGCUCCAUUAAAAAAAAAGAUCCUAAUAAUGAAAUUUUUUUAAAGGCCAGAAUUUUAUAGCAGUAAAAAGGGAAGAUUUGCACAGGGUCUGCUGAUGAAUGCAAAUUCUUGAGACUUGGACGCUCUUCAGGGGUACUAAGUGCUACAAAAGGCAAGCAAUGAAGGAUGGAAAUUGGGUUAUAAACCAAGGCAAAAGACAUUAGCGUCUCUGCCUCUGUGUGUCCUUUUCUCUAUAAAUGGCUACAAAUUUUAA